AUGCACUCAAAAGAGUGGUUGCAAAGAGUCCACACACGCUCAUGGUACUGCGAUUUCGGCCAUGAAAGCCCGAUAGUCUUUGAGUUCGAACAUCAAUGGCGGAGCCAUAUCCUUCAGCCUCACCCAGAAUAUCUAAAGGCUCCUGAUCCACGCCCUCUUGGUGCCUAUUCUGCCAGGAAACAGAAGCAUUUUCAUCGGGAUAAAUUCGCCUGCCCACUUUGCGAGCGAAUCCCCAAAGAGGCACAGAAGAUGCUUGAAACUGGUCAAUAUGAACCAGGUCAAGUGCGACGCUUGGUCCUGAAUCAUAUUGCCGGUGAGUUACAGUCUCUGUCUAUGAUGGCUCUUCCUCCUUUAGAUGAAGUCCCUUAUAAAACGGUCGACUAUGAUCCAAACCCGUUGGUUCCCAAAGACGUUACCCACGUGGACUUUCAGGACGAUGCUGGUCGAACCGCCUUAUCAUUUCCUGCCCAGGCUGGCGACGUCGAGGCCAUUGACAAGUUGCUUGAUAAGCAAGCAGAUGUUGAACUGGCCGAUACAGAUGGACAUACACCCUUGCUCUGGGCAGUACGUGAAGGUCAUGAAGAAGCUGUUAAGUGCCUUGUGGAUCAUAGUGCCGGGAUAGAAGUCAAAGAUAAGCCAUAUAGGCGCACUGCGUUGUCUUGGGCUGCUGCUAACAGACACACUAGCGUUACACAGGUACUACACCUGAAAGCUUCAGUAAUAAACAAAGACGUCUUGCGGCUUCUCCUUAAGGUCAGCACAGAUCUCAAGACCAUAGACCAUAAGACGUUAUGCAUGCCACUCUACUAG